AGAAUGGAUCGAGCAGUGCCGAACUCUUAGCACAUCGCAUCGUUUCUCUACUUAGAACUGGGCGCGAUGCGUUGUUGGCAAGAUGGGAUUUUUCACGAAAAAUUGAUUGAUUAUAAUAUGUUAUUAGAAAGAAGGUUGGUGGAAUAUUUCCAUCAUGAGGGGAUAUGUAUACCAGGAUGUCGGCAGAGUCUUCUAUUUCGUUUUUUGUUUGAAACCGCUGUCCUGAUCUAGUCGUCUGCUACGGUAAGAUUCCCUUGGUCAAUUAGUGAAACUUGUGUUGCUACAGUAGCAAGUAGUGUAACAUUAUUGCACAGUUCGCAACUGUAUCAUUCACUUUUCCGUUCUAUUGAGUUUGGCUACAAUGUAACGAGGAAAUGCAAGGACUGUGAAACUAGCUCGUGAUAACUUUGUGCGCGUGUACAACUACAACGCGUGUUCGUACUAGUUUGUGGUGAAUUUGGUAUGCAUAUAAUGACUUAUUUACGAAUUAGCGAGUAAUGAUAAUCAUUCACAUUGUGUUAAACUGGUGAGUAUUUUUGAGCGUAUUAUUAGUUUCGAGGACAGCAGAAACGCCAAAAACAGGGUAAAAUGCAGUCAUCAGUAUCUUUUUGUCUAGAAUGACAUGGACAGAAAUAAUAUAUUAUCUCCCCAUGCAUUGGCAGCCAGUUUUGUGUCUGUCUUUUGUUUGUGUUAUUUACUGUAGGCCUAAAUGACCUUGCAACAAUGUUACUAUGAAGAGUAGUACCAAGAUACUCUCUUACAUUUCAUAGAUAUCCUACAAGCUAGCCAUGUCAUAAUGGUUGGCAAUCUCCUACCAUAUGUGUGCCAAUCAGUGUUAUAAAAGGACAUUAAUGCUGAUUUGCAGUUGAAAACACACACACUCUUGCUCAAGGCGUAUUAUUACAUAACACAGUUAGAAAUAGUUUGUGAGGGCGCCUGGAGACCAUGUAUAUUAAGUAAACAUGCCAUUUCAUUCAGCAUAUAUAGUCUGUACAAAGAAACUGAGGAAUUGGAGAAACUAAUUUCCUAGGCUGUGAUUUUUAAAGACCUACAUUGACAUUGUGGCUCUCUUCCAGGGCAGAGAAGGUGGCCAUGGGGGUAGCGCCUCACUCUCUCCUGGCCCUGAUUGGCCAGUUGCUCUGGCUGAUACUGCUGCUCCUGGCUCUGCUCACUCCCUGGAAUGUCCUCGGAGCUAAAGAGCUGAAGCCCACUAGAUGGCCCCUGUUCUCCCAGAAGCCUUUGCUCCUCGCCUGGAAUGCCCCGACAGAGGACUGCCGCCCCCGUCACGGUGUGCAUUUCCCGCUGGAGCAGUUCCAGAUUGUGGCGUCGCCCAACGAGGGCUUUGUCAGACAAAACCUCACCAUCUUCUAUAAGGACCGGUUAGGGCUGUACCCGUAUUACGAGCGUGAUGGCACCACGGUGAACGGUGGACUCCCACAGGCCGCCAGCCUCACGCAGCACCACGAGAAGAUGCCCGAAGGUGUUCACAAGUACAUAAGUGAACCAAACGCCAAAGGCCUCGCCGUCAUCGACUGGGAGGAGUGGCGUCCGCUGUGGAUCCGCAACUGGGACAUCAAGGACGUAUACCGGAACCGAUCCCGGCAACUGGUGGCCAACAAAAACCCGGCGUGGCCCCUGGAGCGCGUGGGGAAAGUGGCCCAGCAGGAGUUUGAGCUGUCGGCCCAGAAGUUCAUGCUGGAGACCUUGCGGCUGGCCAAGAGCCUGCGGCCCAACCAGCUGUGGGGGUUCUACCUGUUUCCAGACUGCUACAACCAUGACUAUCGGAGCGGCAUGGAGAACUACACGGGCCGAUGCCCUGACGUGGAGGUGGGCCGCAAUGACCAGCUGACCUGGCUGUGGACUGAGAGCACGGCCCUGUUCCCAUCUGUCUACAUGAGCACGGUGCUGCGCUCCACCACGUUUGGGCGGCAGUUUGUCCGCAACCGGGUGAAGGAGGGGAUGCGUCUGGCAUCGACGGGCGACGGGCUGGCACGGCCUGUCUUCGUCUAUACCCGGCCUACGUAUUCCAACGAGCUGACUCCGCUGACUGAGGUGAGAGGGCCCAUGUUAUAGGCCUGAUUCUGUCCCUAUGGAUAUGAUUAGCCUACUCAUUGUGACCAUAACUUGUGCUGUUCAGAGACCUGAUAUCUCUGUUACACAGUAGCUUUGAAAUUCUCAGCUGCCUCUUACCACAACUGUUUUUGGUCGAGAAAGUGUGUGUGAGACUGAAUUAAUCCUGAUGUAUUUAGAAUCACGUUUCAACAUGUUAACCAAGAGUGCAGUCUGAGUGAUAUACUAGAGUAUGUCAGUCCCCUCUGGUCUUACAAGGCAAGUGUUACUCUAACCAGGGCCUAGAAAUAUAGGUCUGGUGGUUUCACAGACACAGAUGAAGCCUAGUCCUGGACUAAAAAGCGUUCUCAAUGGAGAUUCUCUAUUGACCAUGUUAUUUAGUUCAGGACUAAGUUUAAAGGGAUACUUCGGGAUUUUGGCAAUAAUCAAGAAUCAGUUGCUGCUUGAGAUACAGUAUUUUGUGCACAAUGGGUGUGUUCUCUCCCGCUUAGUUAUUGGAAAGUUGGCCAUGGGUAAUGAUAUUUGGUGUAGAAACCGCAGAGAGACAUAUUUAGGUUUCAGGGAAAACACAGGCAGCUCUGUGUUGCUGGACAUGCGAAGCUCGGUCAUGUAUGGGUGUGUGUGUGCGCAUGCCAAUGUUCUGUAUUUAGCCUUGACAUAUUAGCAUGGGUUUCUUUAACACUACGAUCCAGACAACAAAGCAUUCAAAUCAUUAUGGGCCGGUUUCCUGGACACAAAUUAAAGGGAUACUUCAGCAUUUUGGCAAUGAGACCCUUUAUCUACUUCCCUAGAGUCUGAUGAACUCAUGGAUACCAUUUUUAUGUCUCUGCGUGCAGUUUGAAAAAGGUUGCUAAUUACUCAUGCUAGUAGAUACCCAUAGACUUCCAGUCAUUGCGCUAACACUAGUUAGCAUUGGCUCACGAAACGACCUCUAACCUUCUUCAUACUGGACACAGAGACAUACAAAUGGUAUCCAUGAGUUCAACAGACUCUGGGGGAGUAGAUAAAGGGUCUCAUUGCCAAAAUGCUGAAACCGGCCCAUAAUGAUUUGAAUGCUUUGUUGUCUGGAUCGUAGUGUUAAAGAAACCCAUGCUAAUAUGUCAAGGCUAAAUACAGAACAUUGGCAUGCGCACAUACACACCCAUACAUGACCGAGCUUCGCAUGUCCAGCAACACAGGGCUGCCUGUGUUUUCCCUGAAACCUAAAUAUGUCUCUCUGCGGUUUCUACACCAAAUAUCAUUACCCAUGGCCAACUUUCCAAUAACUAAGCGGGAGAGAAAACACACAUUGUGCAUAAAAUACUUUAUCUCAAGCAGCAACUGAUUCUUACCCACACCAGAGUCAUGAAUGAAUUGAUUAGGCCAUAGUAGAGCCAUUAACCUAGUCAAAAUAAUUCCCUUGGCUCCUUACUGUCCAGUUUUGCUCUGAUUAGGACAAAUGCAGGAAGGCAGACAGACUGUCCCCAAGUUCAAGUGAAUUUCCAUUGUUUGUGUGUGUGUGCAUGCAUGCAUUGGUGUGUGUGUGUACAUGUGGAUGUACUGUUUAACCACUCUAUUGAAAACCCUGUGGAAAAACUCCAUUGCUCAUCUGGAGAGUGACGUUUGUUUGCUGGUUUCCAUUUCUGUCAUCAGCUUUCAUUAACUUUCCUGCAGCUGUUUCACCAAGGGAUAGAAGAGGGGAGUUAGACUAAUUCACCGAGUAGUGAGUCAAGAGACAAUUGAGACAGGAUAGAUGAAAUGAGAGGUUGGUUGUGUGCGUGUGCUGAGGGGGUGCGGUUGGAGAGGUUGAUACUAAUGUGUGUGUGUGUGUGUGUGCAGGGAGGUUGGUUGUGUGUGUGGAUGAAUGAGGUGCUGUCAGGCAGCCAGGGCAUCAGUGUUUACUUUCCCACUGGACCACUCUUCCCUCAGACACACUGGGUGGGAGAGGGAGAGACAGAAUGUGUGUGUAAGAUUAUUCUGAAUGAACGAGACAUCAUGGUUAGCCUAUAUGUUGUACCAUGCUUCAUUUCUUACUUUGUGUGUCUGAAGCCUCCAUAAGGAUGUGUUGGAGAGAAAGGAUGUGCGUGGGAGAGUGACACAUCUGGUGUCUGUGUCUAAACCAAGGAGUAAAGAGAUAUCUGUCAGUUCCUCUGACAUUCCAUUCUGAAUCACCAUCAUCAUCUUUUCCAUAUAAUGUGACCUCAUCAUCUACAUGAACUGUAAAGGGUGUGGGUCAGCUCAGCUGGUCAGUGUUAAAUAAAUGAUUAAAUGAUGUGUGUGUGUUCCUGUUCAUAGAGGGCAGGGCAGUGCGUGUGAUUCGGAUCGAUUACAUGCAAUGUCAUUGUAGUCAGCCACUGCAGACUGACUGAACUACAAAUCACCUUGAAACAUGAUGACUACUCAUUAUGAUUUGACGGGUCGUCGCCGACUGCAAUGAAGUCGAUCUCAAACAUGGCCAGUAUGUUCAUAAUGGGCUGCUGACUGCCAUACUGAACUUGUUUCUCUCUGUGUGUGUGUGUGUGUGUGUGUGUGUGUGUGAGAUUGUGUGUGUGCAGACAGACUUGGUGUCCACCAUUGGGGAGAGUGUAGCCCUGGGAGCAUCUGGGGUCAUCGUCUGGGGAGACCAUACCUACGCCAGCAGCAACGUGAGUGUUCUCAUCACUCAAGCUAUUUAAUCAUUCAUAGAUUAUGCAUAGCCUAGUUUGAGUCCUCUGUCUGGUGUUCCCCUCUGUAACAUACAUACGGCUGCAGCAAUGUGAGUGUUCUCCAUGAAGAUUCCCUACAUGACUCAAACUAUGCAUAAUCUAUGAAUGUUCGAAUUGGGGUGUUUCCUAAAUGGCACCAUAUUCCCUACAUAGUGCACUACUUUUGACCAGGGCCCUGUAGAGAAUAGGCUGCCAUUUGGGACACAUCCCCUAUUUGAUCAUUCAUAGACUAUGCCUAGUUUGUCAUCAGUCUGGUGUUCCCCUCUGUAGCUACUAUGUAAUUACUAUUUCCUGUCUAUCCACAUUAAAUGUUAACAUGUGUUGGUGUCUCUGUUUGCCCAGUAUCACACUUGACCUCCAAUUCCCCACUUUGUUUCUCCUUUCCAUUCCAUUCUGAGUCUGCGCCUCUGUAUGUUUGUGUCUCUCUCUCUCCAGGCCAGCUGCUCCAGUCUGAGUGAGUACCUCCGGGGUCCGCUGGGCCGGUACCUACUCAACGUCUCCACAGCAGCAGAACUGUGCAGUCAGAAGUUGUGCGGCUUACAUGGCCGCUGCCUCCGCAAACACUCAGACACUGAUGCUUACCUGCACCUCAGCCCCCUCACCCACAUUAUCAGCAGCCAGGGGGGGGGGCUGAAGGUGACGGGGCAACUAGGCCAGGGGGAGCUGGCUGAGUACCGGCAACACUUCCAGUGCCAGUGCUACAGUGGGUACAAGGGCGAGGGCUGUGCCCAGAGAGAGCUAGGGAAGAGUGGUGCUGCCCCUGUCUGGAGAGUCCGGUCUGUACUGACUCUGCUGCUCCCUCUGGGGCUUCUCACUGUGCUCCACUGAGGCUGGGAGGCGCAGGAGCUGACAACGUGCAAUAUGGGGGAAGCCACAACAACCACACCGUGGUCCUGGUUUUAGUCCUGGCCUCUACUGGGGCUCAGGGGGCUUCCUGGUCAGGGAUGGGCACUAGCUGCUCUGUGGGACUGAUCCAUGGAGGAGAGGACAUGGGAGUGCCUGCCUCUCAACAGGAUGAAGGAUACCCUUCAGUUACCCACACAAGCUAA